GUACUACCAGUAGUGGUGCGCUGCUCGCUCGCUCUGCUUGACGGACCUGAUACUUGAGACGCAGUUUUCGGCGCUUGCGAUGCCGUUUAUCUCCAAGGACUGGCGAUCGCCAGGCGAGACCUGGGUCAAGACACACGAGGGUUGGGAGAAGAAAAAGGUGCUCGAGUGCACCAGCCCUGCGCCAGCCAAAAAACUCGCUUGCAGAGCGGAAGCAGAAAAAGAGAACUUCCGUCCAGAGGUGGUGGGGUGCAAAGCGCACCUCUGCAGCCCAAAGCACUCAGUGGCUCACAGCAGCGGCCUACAGAACUCGCCAGGACCCUCCCUUUCGCUGACCCUUCAGCAAGAUAAUGACAACAGCCUGCAGCCGCAUUUUCAAAUCACCAUAAAGUGUACUAAAGAGAUUGCCGGCUUUAAUGGACUGUCAGACUCAAUCCAGCGGUUGGAUUUUGUAAGUGCUGUGCACGACACGCGCCGCUUCCACUACGUUUGCAAGGUGCUUGAGGAGCUUUUGAACCACCGACUGGCCUCUCUCUCUGGCUGCGCGCGGAGGGUGCUCUUCGCCAUGCUCGAGGAAGUCGCCAGACAAGUCGCCGCCAGCCAGACCAACAUGCACGUUCUGAAGGCGCUGCUGGCCCAACUGCAGGAGGUAACGCGCCUCGCCUGCUGGGGCCACCCUCUUGGCAGUACUUCCCUCUGGGACAAUCACCUCUCCUCCAUUCAACGCAUUCUCAACAUCGCCAACAACAUCGAAAUUACUAAGCCUGAUGAGGACCAAGAGCCUCAGCUGGACCAAAUGCCAGAAGAGUGUGUGAGGGAGAUCAUGCUUCGUUUGUCGGACCACAAGGACCUGAGCAGUGCAGGCGAGGCGUGGCACCUGAUGCAGCGUGUGCUGGACGAGCAGCGGAUCUGGAAGCAGCUGUGCCACUAUCACUUCAAGCCGCACCUCAUCAACAAGCUGGUUGAAGAGUUUGAUCAGGCAGAAACAGACUACCAGGCCAUCUAUCACAAGCUCAGAAAGUCUUAUGGUCUGAAGGAAGAGUUCACGGAAACGCUGACGCUCUGUCGAAACUGCCGGUGUCUCUUCUGGCAGUCACUGGGGCAUCCUUGCAUCGUGGAGAGGGACCUGCCUGAGGUGGUCCAGCGCUGCUCUGAUAACGUGCUAGUUCCGAUUCCUCCCAAAGUCUUCCUCACUUUCUUCUCCCUCUAAUCAAGGACCGCCAAGGGCCUCUGCUGCUCACAAUCACGACUUGCAUUGUUUUUUUUACUAUCCUAAGAAAUGUAAUGCAACUUUAAAAGGGAAGAAAAUUAUGUGAAAAGCUAAGGGGCAGCUGCAUUUUGUUCUGUUUUCAGAGCUUCUCUGUGAGAUUCAUUUGUGCACUGAUGAUUCCUUUUUUGAUAUGAUGAUAUAUUUUUAGAACGGAGAACUUUUAUUGCCACUAGUCGGAAGGUGGAAAAUCUGAAACUCGCACCACCUUGAUCAGAGACUUGUAUUUUUCUUUUCAGCUAUAUUUACAUUGAAUUUUUUCUGCCAGAAUCAAUACUUGUGCAACUGUUCUUCCGUUCUGAUUACUUUAAGAAUAUAUAUCUAACCUAAACAAAUAUCACAAACAUUUUGUGUAAGUAGGAUUAAUUUGAUCCUUCGACUUUGUCGAAUAAAUUUAUGAGUUCAGUACUUGUGUAGGAGAUUAAUUAGUGAUUAGAUCGAUGCUGUUGAUGAUAAAUUUGCAAUUAAAGCAGCUUUUGAUUAUUGUGAUUCCCCCAUGCAGCCACAUCAUGCGAUAUUUUCUGUGUUUUCCUGUGAGAUGGCGUCCGUUUUGCUUUCUAAACUGCACUGAUCUUCAAAAGUGUUUAUAUUUUCCCCACAAUGUUAGAGGAAUAUGAACCGAUUGUCUGUGAGUUGAGAAUAACAUUAGCUACUAUCAAAUUAUGAUUAUUUACUCUAUGUCUUGAAAUAAGAAUGAGAGAGACUACUUCAAGCGCAGAAUAAAAUAUUUAGCUAUGUAUACACAUGGAUCUGAAGCCUAAA